AUUUGUGCUCCAGAUUAAUGUGGCAUCUCAUCUGACAGGCGGGGAAGGCAGUGAGGAAGGACACCAUCCUGGUGGGCCUGGUGAGAGGAAAUAAGGGCCAGGACCAGCUCAGGCCCCGGGUCCCCUCCUCCGCAGCUUCUCGGGCGGCCCUCUCAUUAUUUGCUGACUCCUCGCCUAGAGGAUAAUAGGAAGUACAAGCUGGAGUGAGUUGAACCUUCCUUGUCCUCCUAAGAAUUCAGAGCGCUACGUCAUUAGGGUUUUUAAAACAUUUUAUUUCUAGAAAGUUAAAAUCGCAAAUUCAGAAACAUGUAAAAUGAAAAGUAUUCCUUCCCCUAAGUUUCCUCACCAGUAAUAACUACUGUGUUAAUAUUUUAAGUAUCCUUCUAUACACAUCUUUCCAAAAAUGUACAAAUUAAGAUCAUAUUGUACUUUGCUUUUUUGACUUAUUAGUCUGUUUUGGACACCUUUCUGUACUCACACAUGAAAGUCUUCCUCAGUAAGGUGGCUGUAUCCUAAAUCAUGUAACAUCUUCUGUUUGUGGACUUGUAGGUGUUUUCCUGACGUUCGCUAUUACCAGCAGUGCUGGGGUAAGCAGCCUUAUAUUUGAGUAAGUUGAUGAUGAGGUAAAUCCUCAAGCAGUGGAAGUACUGGAGGGGACCGUAUACUCGCUUUAAAUUUUGAUAAGCUAGUGCUAAAUUUAAAGUGCUUCAUCUUUUUAGCUCUUUCUCCAAAACAGUCCUGUAGACUGGAUUGCUUUAAUUAACCUAAAAUCGCCCACAAAUUUGUGACCCAGAAAGCAAUAAAAAUAUAUAUAUUUUAAAAUUGUAGAUAUUCAGAAUGCCCGUAGAUAUAUAAAAUGGCAAGUGAGCCUCUCCCUCCACUCCUCUGAGCUCCUUCCCUUGUCCCCAAACUGCAUUAUGUUCCACUUUAUGAAUAUGCCAUUUAUUUAAACAGUUCCCUCUCAGGUACACUUUCAUUGUUUCUAGAAUUUUGCUGUCGUAGUAAGCACUGCAGUGAACUCCUUUGUAGAUGCCAUCUCACAAAAGCUUAAGAGUCUCCAAAGGCAUGGACAAGGAUAGCCCAGACAUCCACCAUGACCUGAACUCCCUCAAAACCAAGUUCCAGGAGAUGCGGAAGGUCAUCAGCACCAUGCCUGGCAUCCACCUGAGCCCUGAACAGCAGCAGCAACAGCUGCACAGCCUCCGGGAGCAAGUCAGGACCAAGAAUGAACUUCUGCAAAAGUACAAGAGCCUCUGUAUGUUUGAGAUCCCCAAGGAGUAGAUGAGGCCAGCUUUUAGGAUUGCCCGAGAAGGAACGGAAGAGCAAAUGGCCUAUUGCUGCCACUCUCACCCCCCGUGUGGUUCUUUGUGAAGUGUGGUUCUUUCGAACCCCAGCUCUGAACUUUAUAGCUGACAAGGGGAAGGGGCUAUUGUACUAAUUUCUUGGCUGAAUUAGCAUUGACUCUGGGAGGAGCCAGCCAGGAACUUAGAUUUGUUGGGGCUUCCUUAUAUAUCUCCAUAUGCCUAGAUGCAUAAUAACAGGAGUGCCAGCUAGUAGAAAUAAGAGUGUUCCUGCAGGCUGCAAAAGGGAUGGAGGCCUCUACCUCUACCUCUGGGAGUGGCUAUCUGCUGUGUGUUUGGGCUGCACUGGCAUAGCUGAAGAGCAAAGUAGGAAGAGAGGCAUCUCCUCUUUGCUUCCUGCCUCCCUCUCUUCUCACCCCCUGGAUAUUAUCAGUGUGUACCAGAUACAUAUUGUUCUGUUAACCACAGUGCCAUGAAACCUUUGCAUAGAGUUCACUGGACAGAUGAGGCCUGUACUCAUAUGACAUGGAUUUAACUUGGUAAAGGAAGGCUGUGAGAACAUUGUUUUGAAAGACUACAGGGUG